AUGCGCGCAUCAACGCCACCGCUGUACCAGAGGCAGCCUGAGGGUUUGGCUCCUUCGUAUAACACGGGUCUGCCGCUUGCAAUGCCCGAUGUGCCGACAUUACGCAUCCCUCAGCACUUGAGUGCAACCAGCCACGCAAUGCCCCCAACAGCUGCGGCACAAGGAGAGUUUGUUAUGGCUGCAACUGCUCCUCGACUUGGCUCUCUAGAAACGAGCACCCGCGCAACGAAUCCCGCACCUUUCAUUACUCAAUUCCCCGCAGCACAGGCACCAAACCUGCAUGGGUACGUGAGCGCUUCCCCACGUACCUCUGGGACCGGAACGGAAACCUCGGCAAGUGAUUACUUUCGGUAUGCCGCAAACUUGAUGAGAAACACGUUACCUCCCCCAAUGACCGAACUAGCUGCACUUGAAGAGGAAGAAAAGUCGCUGAAGAGGGAGGAGGAGGAGCUUCGCCCCCAAAUUAUCGAGCUCGAGAGAAUGAGAGAGCAACUGGAAGAACAAACACAAAAGGUCGCUGUGGAGCUUAUGCAAAUGGUGGUACUAGAACAACAAUAUUACGUGGAACCCAUUGUGGACUACACGGCACAGAUUAAGAAUGCGGAGGUGCAGUGCGUUCAUCUCGCCAGCCGUGUGGAAGAGGCUAAACAUUCCCUCGAGGAGUUGCAGCGACAGCACCAAAGCUACGACGCAGUUAUGGAGGAAAAGGAGAGACUGAAAAAGGAGACAUGUGCCGUGCGGGAGAGGUUCGCCACUUUGGAGAAUCGUCGAAGGUUGUGCAUGCUUCAGUCGGAAGCGCUUUUUGAUGUGGAGUCACGGCGCGGGGAGGAGGCUGCGAGUCAAGCGGAGGAAACGGAAAAUCAAUUAAUGGAAAUGCGAAACAACGAGCCGCUUUUGGGGAUAAAACGGUCACGGCGGUCCUCGCGCUCCAUGUCUCGUGGAGUUAGCUUCGCGCAGAAGAGUAUUGUUCUUGACACCGGUUCCGAUGGAGACGAUGACGGUUAUGCCCGCAGUACCCGACAUACUGGUGACACGGUAUCAGGGUUAACACAGCGAGGGUCGUGGAACUCGGCAGGCGCUGAGGACGAGGAAAGUGAGCAGGAUUGCGAUCGCGACGACAUAUGUGGGAUUUCUGGGCAAAGCGUGAGGUAUUCUUUAAACGACACCAAGCGUGUGCAACUAGUGGUGCCUGCCGUGUGA